AUGCCUAGCGAUCCAGAAGAAGACUAUAUACCUUGGAUACAACAGUUUUGUGAAUUGUUUGGUCACGAUUAUUUUGUACAGGUGUCACAGGACUUUAUUGAAGAUGAUUUCAAUCUAACUGGAUUGUCUCUGCAAGUACCUUAUUAUAGAGAAGCAUUAUACACAAUAUUGGAUUACCAAGUUGAAACGGCAGAAGAUCAUAACACUGACAAUACAACCACCAAUACCAGCAAUAACAAUGAUUCACGGAAUGGUACAAGUAAACGAAAUGCAUCAGAAUUGCCAAACAAAGCGUUAUUGGCACAUUCUGCAGAAUUAUUAUAUGGUUUAAUCCAUGCCAGAUACAUAGUCUCCAAACAAGGUCUAACUGCCAUGGCAUCCAAGUUUGAGAGAAACGACUUUGGCUCUUGUCCAAGAUAUUUUUGUGACGGUAUGCAUUUAAUUCCUGUUGGGUCGACUGAUGUGCCGGGACAAGAAACGGUGAGAUUGUUUUGUCCUUGCUGUAAUGAUAUCUAUAUACCUUCCAGUUCGAGGUAUUUGAAUAUUGAUGGUGCAUUCUUUGGAACGACGUUUCCUGGACUAUUGGUGAAGAUGUUUCCCGAGAUUGAAAACCAGUGUAGAAUAAGAAUAACAAAGUUUAGUCAGAAUGAUUUUGGGCUAAAAUUGUUUGGGUUCAAAAUCAACGAGUUGAGUGCCACCGGUCCAAGAAUGAAAUGGCUAAGAAUGCAUCCAAAGACAGAAGAUGAAAAACAAGAGUAUGACUCAUGUGAAUAUAAUGUUCCAAUUAGCUACUUAGAUGAAGACGAAGAGAUGGAAGAAGACGACGAAGAAGAAGACGAAGUGGAAGAAGAAGAUGACGAUCGAACAAUGGCCAGCGAGUAA